GCCCAGCAACCGUUCUAUAUCUAUAAGAUGGAAAAAGUUCUUGUCAUUUUACUGAUAUAUUUCGCUCCAGCUGUUUUUGGUAGUGCGGAAUCGUGUGCACCCGGCAAGAGCUGCGUCUCCUAUGACCUGUGCAAUGAGGGUCUCCUUGUGGAUGGCCACUUCUACUCCGAUCGCAGUCGCACUAUGCAGGACGAGCAGCACUGUCACUAUAUGGAAAAAUGCUGCAGUGUGAACGAGACGCUUGCAGCUGGUAACGGAUUCAACUAUAGCGAUGCACUGUCAGCACUGCCUCAGUGUGGCGGACGUCUGGAUCUUUGGCUCCAUUUGCGUCCGAUGGGAUACAAGAAGCAGGAGUCAAAGUUCGGCGAGUUUCCCUGGCUGGUGGCUAUUUAUGGAGCAGACGGAUACCUUUGCAGUGGAGCUCUGAUCACACCACUUGCUGUUCUAACUGCCGCACACUGCGUCCACGCCCAAAUGGCAAGGGAUCUGCGUCUGGUGGCAGGCGAAUGGGAUGCAGCAGUUGAGCUGGAGCCAUUGGCGCACCAGGAGCGAAAUGUGUCCGAGCUGCUAAUCCAUCCCAACUACACACAAUCCCCCGCAGCUCACAAUCUGGCACUGCUGCUGCUCCACUCACAGGCGGCAUUCGAGCUAGCGCCACACGUGCAGAUGAUCUGCCUCCCGCCCAUGCAGCUCAUCUACAACUACAGCCAGUGCUACGUGGCAGGCUGGCGGCACUCGGAGCUCAGUGCCAAUGAGAGCCUGCCCAGGCGCUGGCCCCUCUACAUUCUGCCGCGCGAUCAGUGUGGCUCCAAGCUGCGCUUGGCCAUCUUGGGUCGUCGCAUUGCGCUGAACGAGACGCUCCUCUGCACUGGCGGCGACAAGGACCCCAUUGUUUGCGGCGACAUGGGUGCCGUACCCCUAAUGUGCCCUCUCCCCGGCAGCGAUGAUCGCUAUGUGCUCGCCGGGCUGCUGGCGCGUGCCGCCCGUUGCGAUGGCCCUCAGCUCUUGAGCAUCUACUCGAACGUGAAGUACUACAGGCGCUGGAUCGAUCAAAAGUUAAGGGAACGCGACCUGGACAUAAGACAUUAUAUGGUUUAAAGUAGAUGGAAAGAAGAAAAGAGAGAGAGAGAGAGAGCUUUAUGCUGAAUGCUGUGCAAGAAUUUCUAGCCUUUAUAAAACUUAAGGAUCGAUAUACAUAUAUAAAUAUAUAAUAAAUCUGCUUAUAACUAGAAUCGUCAA